AUGUCGCCGAGCGGAAGCUACACACCGUCAACGAAAGCGGCAUCUUUCCACGACCGCGUCAUGAGCUUUAAGGACUCGCUCCACUCGCAUGAGCUGCGCCAGCUCCUCAGUUCCAUCACCAUGGACGAAUUUCAAGAGCUGAGAGAAGCAUCCGCGUCGGUCAUUCUGCCUAUCGUUGUGGAUUGGCUCUACGACCCGGUCACGCAAAGCCUGGCCCUUGUCUACCUCUGGGAGACCGCUAAGCAGUUCCCAGCGCUGUUUCGCAGAGCGGAGAACAGUCAGCUUAUACUCAAGUGCUACUCAGCUCUGGACGGUGUGAGCAGCUCGGACACAUUCUCGCCCGAAGAGAUCACUCAAAUCCGGGAGUUCAUCGCCCUGGCAUGCUCCAGAACCACCUCGCCUGCCAUGUCUUGGUCUGUCUAA